AUGGCAAAGGCGACGACCAUUAAAGAGGCUUUAACAAGAUGGGAAGAGCGCACAAAGCUAGAUUCUACUAAGUCUACAGAAAUUGGUUUACAAUUUCAGUGGCCACCUAUCGAAAAAAUGGAUGGUACAUUAGCCACUUUACUUGACUGUCGAAAAUUAAGUCUAUCUUCAAAUAUGAUAGAAAAGAUUGCCGGCAUUGGAAAUUUAAAAAACUUACGUAUACUGUGUUUGGCCCGCAAUAAUAUUAAAGCAUUAUCGGGCAUAGAACCUUUGUCUGACACCCUGGAAGAGUUAUGGAUUAGUUAUAAUAUUAUAGAGAAAAUUAAACCAAUUGAAUCUAUGAAAGCUUUAAAAGUCUUCUACGUUAGCAAUAAUUCAAUUAAAGACUGGGCAGAAUUCAGCAGAAUGUCUGUACCGCCAAAAUUGGAAGAAAUAACAUUUCUAGGUAAUCCAUUGUAUGAAUUAAUGGAUGAGGCAGCUUUCCGGUCGGAAGCAAUUCGACGUUUGCCGAAUAUGAAAAAAUUAGAUGGUGAAACGGUUAUUAGAGGAGAUUAA